UAAUCACAAAAAAAAAAAUAUUUGCUGCGUUCCUGCGAAUUCCACCGGAAGUUGACAGACGUUGCUACGAAAGUACACUCACACUGAUGAAAACUUUCCAUUUUCACACUAACCAGGCUUCCCACUUCAAAUAAAGCAAAUUUCUAAGAUAGUACUAUAUUUAUUGCAAAAAGCACCUGUGCAACACGCUGACCCGUCAGUAAUGGAGAGUACUGGGGCGUCAGACACACUGAAGCAGCAGUUUCGGAUGUUACAGGAACAACAGCAGAAACGACUUAUGUUAAGGCUACAGCGUAAAGAGGAGAAAGAAAAGAACAAUAAAUCCAACAGCGCACAGAAUAGUACACCAAACUACAGUGGCAACGAAUUCGGUGUGUCAGACACUUUGAAUCUAAAGCUUGGAGAAAAGGCAGUACCAAUUCCCAGCUACUUAUCAGAAGAACUUGUUGACCAUCUUAACACACAAAUCCGGGAAAUGAAAGAUGAAAAUGGACGUUUGUUCAAGCUUCUCAGUGAAAAAGACUUUGAAAUCCGUCAACUUAAGAAGAAGAAAGCUGAUGAAAAAACUGCAGUUAUGGAAUCACAGUUGACUAAUGAGACUGCUGCUACCAAAAUAGUAGAACUUUCCAAGAAGAUUCGGGAGCUGAAUGCAGAGCUUGAGUCAGAAAGGACAAAGUGCAAACAGUUUCAGAGGAAAUGCCAGGAACUGCAGCAACUAGUUUCCCAAGCAAAUACACAAGGUCAAGGGGAUAUACAAUCUCUCAAGUCCGGCUUUGGCUCAGUUGUCAGUCUCCAAUCCAUGGCAGAGCGAAAGGAGCAAGAUGAGGUGGAUGUGAAAGCACUGCAAGACAAACUACGACAGACAGAACUCAAAAUGGCAGACUAUAGAAACCAGUGUCAGAUCCUGAAACAGGAAAUUAAAGUCGCACACAAGGUUUUGUCCCAGGAAUUAGGGGAAACUGCUAAUCUCCAGACCCUGCUUAACAAUCCUAGCAACUUUCGUGGACGUGCCCAGCAGAUUGUUGCAUUGCAGAACAAGGUAGAGGAGCUGAAGGUACAGCUGGAGUCACAAAACUCAUCAUCAAUAGAGAAUGAGGUAUUGGGGAAAGGGUCUACUGCACGCAGACAUACACAAGAUGAAAAGUAUCGUGAAGAGCUGCGCCGCUUAGAGAAGGAACGCAGAGAAGCCCAAGAGCGUGAGGCAAAUAAUAAGAAAGCACUAGAAGAGGAAUUUCACAACCAGAAGCAGCGCAUGGAGGCAGCUAAGGCUAGAAACAAGAUUCUGGCUAGUGAAAUAAAGAUGCUGAAGCAGCAGGUGCAAACCUUGCUGAAAAAGGGACAAAAUGAUGAUGAGCUGAUCCAGGCUUUGAUGAAACAGCAAACACAACUCAAGCAGAUGCUGGAGGAAAGCAAUGUGCGAAAGAGUGAUGCAGAGCAAAAGAAGGAGGAGGCUGUCAAGCACCUAUCACAGCGAAAUCAGCAAGACAACAAUGUGGUCGGCCAGCUAAAGGCCAUUGUGGCCGAGAAGGAAAGCAAGGUCAAACAGCUGGAGCAGGAGCUACAGCAGCUGCAAAAAGACAAGAUUCAGAAUGCAAAUCACAAUGAGUGGAGCUCAUUCACAUUAGAGACCCAGCCCAAAUUCGUGAAUUCAUGGUCAGAUCACGAUACAGUUGUGUUGGCAUCCAUUUCGCCACCUCAUUCAAGACAGAGUCAGAGACCGUCUUCUGUUCACAAUGACACAGAAAGAGCAGUUUCCAGGGGUUCUGCAAUGGGGCAGAGUCAGAGACCAUCUUCUGUUCACACAGACACAGGAAGAAGUUCUGCUUUGGGGGAUGAAAAGAAAAUACAAGGGGAUCUUCAGUAUCAGUGUCAGGAGUACCACACACUGUUGCGGGCAGCCAGUGUUGAGCGUGAAAGGCUAUCCCAAUUGGUGCAGGUUGUGCAGAACAGACUGACACAGGAGAGCUUAGCACUAGCAGAGUUGCAGUCCGAGCUGCAAGCUGUGCGAAGACAGAAUGUGGACCUGGAAAAGCAGCUGGGCCGGCAGCAACUCGACUUGACUAUGAAAACAGGUAAAAAGAAAGGAGCAGGACGAACAGUGCUAACUACUGAUGGUGAAGAUAGUAUAGGAGAGAGUGAACCUGCUACAGGGCCUAGAGAACUGCAGGAGAUUCUGGCAAUGAUGGAAAUUCAGAAAGAUGAAAUCGAAGCCCUGAAAGCUGCACUGCAACGUACACUGCAGGCAAAGGAAGAAGACUUGAAAUUAUACAGUACAACUAUUGAAGAAACCAAAACAGUUUUUCUAGAAGCUCUCCGUCAUCUUAAACAGUCAAAGCUGCAGCAGAUGGGCUGAUCAAUGUUUUGUUCUUUUCUUUUCUGAUACACCAACAAAUUGUUAGUUCUAUUGCUAAAGAAGAGCUCUUACUUUGGCAAAGAAAUUUGCUUUUAUGGAAAAGUGAAAGUUCGGAAGGUUUGGAAAGGUUCCACCUUUCUAUAUUCAUCUCAUUAGAUGAGAUAUGUUGCACAUGGACGUAAUAGUUUGGGUCUAAAAACUGCUUGAAUUACUCAGUAGUGUGAUCCAUGAAGACAAAGAUUUGUGAUCAAUGCGGACAGUUCUGUAUCUUACUAGUAAAGGGAUCAGAUCAAGACAUGCUGAAAAGAUUGAUGUGGACUUGUACUGACUUCAAAACACACCAGUGCAAAUUUUUUAUCAGUUCAAAAACAGAAGUGUAUUAUACAGUGUGGGGGUUACAGUAACCAGUGCAACAUGCUUUUAUUGAGCAUUAGAAUAGGAUGCACUUUGUAGCCCACCUCAUCUAUGAUCAUCAUUAUUCAAUGGUAUUUAGCAUUUUCUAAUGCACAAUCACAUCAAGGUCAUUCAUUGGAUGUUAAUCAUUAAUGCUUCAGCACAUUUUUCUAUUCAGUCAUUUGUAACAUAAAGGGUAUGAUGCAGAGUGGCUAGCAUGAUAGACUAUAAUAGUAAAAAGUCUGUGCCUGUUUUUGUUGCAAGGCUACUAUGCUUUGAUUUAUAUUAUCUAUGAUGGAUGGGAAAUGUCUGUCCUGCAAAUCCGUGACAUCAUUGAUCCAGCCCACCAAGACAACCACAGAUUUCAGUAAAUCUAUAAGCUUUUUCAGUAGCAACAUAUAUAAUAACAAUCUUUGAGGGACAGACAAGGAAGAGACAAGAAAAAGACACACGACGAGACAGAUAUGUAUGCUUCUUGUUGGCUGCCCACGGCCUCUAUGGACAACUUUGGAGAAUUAUGCAUGCACCGCAAGCUGAGGGUAGACCACUUUUGGUUUGAUGUCAUUUGUUAUGUGUAGUAUUCUUUGACCAUAUUAGGUUUUACAAAUUAAAAAGUGAUCAUCAAUAUUACUGUGUGCAGUUUGCCUACAAGUGUCCAACAUUAUCCUUUCAUGAAUUUUGAAAUGAAAAAACUGUGGCUGGUAAAAGUU